CGUUUGCACUAUCGUUGUCGGCUCUCUUGCCUGCCUCGCGAUUCUUUUCCAUCGGAUUUCAUCAGAUUUUCAUCGUAAUUUUCACGCGAGAGCGAGUUCUCUCUUGAGGGAUCCCUCCUCUUUGAGUACCAUACGCGCGUAUUAAGUGUACACCAUGGGUACCGUAGCUUUAAAUCGUCAGAGAGACAAAAAAGAAGAGUCUGAAGAGAUGCAACGGUGUCCAUACUUACAUGAGAUGAAAGAGCGUUUGCUCUCCCAGCCAACACCAACCGACAGCCUGGACAUGGAACGACUCGACGGUGGUACUCCUGUUAAGGAGGCUAAUCUACACAACGAUUAUCCAGCACACACGAAUCCAGGUGUGAUACCCGAACCUCCGGAAAUGCCGCCUGAUUCUUUAAUCGGUACCGUCGUCAAGCUGAACUCCGAUGGCUAUGGGUCGCACACGUCGCCAGCGCAUGCAAGGCAGCCCCUAGUUCCACAGAAUGCGAAUAACCCACCCCUCUGCCUCACUCCCACGUAUUCCGGUCCAGCUACUGGCAUGCUGCCAAAGAAUGCAAAAACAUCGCUUUUCAUCAUCAUGAGCUUUAUCUACGCGAAGUUGCUUGUAGUCGUGUGCAUCGCUUACGUGAUAAGCGAAGUGGUAACGCACAAGCUGCCGCUGUACUACUACGAGGGAUUCUUCACGUACCUUUACGGCAUGAGUAUCCUGUUCCUGUUGUAUGUCUUCUGCUUCCUCCUUCAAGAGAGCGCCUGCUGUGCGAGAGGAAGUGACACACCGCCGCCGCCACCGAGACCGCCUAAAGCUGGUUGGGCUCCUAAGGAACCUAAAGACAAAAACAAGAAAAAGGACAAGAAGGAUAAAGAUCAAAAACAGCCAAAGCAGACGAAAAAGGAAACCCAGGACGCGACCGAUAUUGAAGCUGGUGUAGCUACACGAGCUUUGCGAAAACGAAAGACUUCGCAAAAUGAUCACAGCCAUGGAAGCUUCUUCCUCAGAAUUGGUGCGAUAGCUUUUGGACUGGGUACCAUGGUAUACAAUGGUUUGGAAUUCGGUGCAUUCUUCGAGGUGCCACCUACAUCACCCUGCUAUCAAAUAUUACAAGGCGUCAAUCCAGUGUUGCAAAUGAUCUUCACCUUUAUGCAGAUGUACUUUAUCUUCAUGAAUUCUCGGUUGAACAUUCAUCGCUUCAAAGUCAUCGCUCGCUUCGGUCUGAUGCAUGUGGUCGCGACGAAUCUCUGCGUGUGGAUACGCACGCUGGUUCUGGAGAGUCUCAAGGAGAUCACUCAAUAUCACAAAAAACUAGGCCAGGUUCAGGCGGGAAUUCUCGAGAGCAUCAAGCAGCACUCGAUGCGAAACGCCGGGGCCAUAUUGGGUACCGAGCCGCGCGACAUAGCACAAUUACGAGAGGCUCCUCUUACGGCCUCUACGAGGUCGACGACCGUCGCGCCCACUGUCAUCAGCACCGUCGUGACUGUCGGCACUGCUCUGGGCCGCGUGAUGACAACGACAGCGAGAUCGAUCGCGGAUGCUUUCACUACGCCAGCUACUACAACGUCCACCUCGACCACCUGGACGACCCCCGUGACGACGACGACGCCGUCGACCACCACCUUCUCGUUGCCUAAUCUGACGGCCAGCACGGCAACGACACUGUCCACUCUCUUGACCACGUUCACUCCGUCGACUACUAGCACCACCAGCACCACCACCACCACCACCACCACCACCACCACUACCGAGAGGAUCACCACUAUUCCGACUACAACAAGCACCAGCACUACAACCACCACGCCGUCCACUACUACACUUUGGUCGCAGAUUAUGGAGCUCAUGAACGCGCCUCAGGGUGACAUAGAUAAUCAAGUACCGCAAAUCUUUGACGUGAGCAACUUGACAAACAGCAGCGAAUACUGGAGCCCGAAUUUAGGUAUUUACGCGGAGGCUCUGACGGAAGAUGGCACAGUGUCCAAUUCUUGCGGGCGCGUUAACAUCAUGGGAACCAUCGUGCAGGACGCGGCGCCGUAUCUGUUUCCAUUUAUAAUCGAGUACAGUCUGAUCGGAGCCGCGGUGAUCUACGUCAUGUGGAAGCAUAUCGGCCGACAUCCGCGCUGGCCUCAUCAGGCUGAGGCUGAUCUUGAACGUCGUCUGGAGGCCAUGCUAUCUCGAAGAGCCGUCGCUCUUGCUCACGCAGGUCAUACCAGAGUUGAUUGCGUGGGAGCGAGCAAGGGUCUCUUCUUCGGUCUGCUCCUUCUGGUUGGCUCCUUGAUAUGCCUGAUACUGUUCUUCGUGCUGAUCCAUCACCCGGAACUCGGAUUGCUCGCGAUUUAUCUCGCCGAUGUGUCUCAUUGCGUCCUAAUGGCGUUAUCCAUCGUCGCCAUAAUCAUCGGCUUCAUUCGCGUGCAGGGUCUCAAGUUCAAGGCCGAGGAGCAGAGCGAUCUGAACGACAUCCUGCUGCGCGUCUCCGCCUUCGGUCUCUUCGUCUACGCCGUAUUCAGCGUGAUCGCCGGCUCCCUGGCGGCCUUCACCCACGAGCCGAAUCUGCUGGUGAUGGUGACGGGAUUACUUUCGGUCGCCCAGGUGGUCCUUCAGAUGCUCUUCAUCGCCGAUGUAUCGCGCAGGCGUGUUCACCUGCCGGAGCAUGAUCGCAGCAAGCCCGGUAGACAAGUGGUUACCUUCUUGCUGAUCUGCAACGUGACCAUGUGGGUGAUCUACACUUUCGAGACCCAGAAGGUCAUCGCCAACCCGGUGCAGCUUGAUUUCUACGGAUUCCUCGCUUGGGCCAUCGUGCAGAGGGUCACUCUACCACUGUGCAUCUUCCACAGGUUCCACAGCGCCGUGACGCUCGCCGAGAUCUGGAAGACCAGUUACAAGGCACGUCUGGAGUAGACGAGCGGGGUGUCCCGUCAUAGUCAAUCGUCCGGAGUGGUCGUCGGUUGGAAUGAAAGAGCGAGCACAAGAAGGUCAGGAUGCUCGACGACCUCGAUCACGUACAUCGAUUUCGGGUCUCGAAGAAAAGCCGAACGUUGAGGACAGAGAGAGAGAGAGAGAGAGAGAGAGAGAGA